AUGCUGAUGCGGUGUGUACGGGGAACCCUUGCAGCCGCCGCGCGGCAGUUCUCGGCUGCAGCAGCGGCGGAGAAGGCUGUUGUUAGCGGAGGAGCAGGGAAAAAGAGUGGUGGUGGAGACACGCUAGGAAGAAGGCUGUUUAGUUUGACGUAUGGAAAACGGAGUGCAGUGAUAGCAAUAAGGAAAUGGAAAGAAGAGGGACACACCGUCCGAAAGUACGAGCUCAAUCGGAUUGUUAGAGAGCUCCGUAAGCUGAAGCGAUACAAGCACGCCCUCGAGGUAUGUGAAUGGAUGACAAAACAGCAUGAUAUGAAGCUUUUACCGGGUGAUUAUGCUGUUCAUUUGGACUUGAUUGCGAAAAUUCGUGGUCUAAGUAGUGCAGAGAAGUUCUUGGAAGAUAUUCCCGAUAAAAUGAGGGACUAUCAAACAUGUUCAGCUCUCCUGCAUGCUUAUGUCCAGAAUAAAUCGAUCUCCAAAGCGGAGGCUUUGAUGGAGAAAAUGUCUGAAUGUGGGUUCUUGAGGAAUGCUCUUCCUUAUAACCAUAUGUUAUCUGUGUAUGUUGCAAAUGGGCAGUUCGAAAAGGUUGCGGAGAUCAUUCAAGAAUUAAAGAGAAAGGCUUCACCGGAUCUUGUUACUUAUAAUAUGUGGUUAACUGCGUGUGCCUCACAAAAUGAUGUGGAAACAGCUGAGAAAGUCUUUAUGGAGCUGAAGAAGACAAAAUUAGAUCCAGAUUGGGUAACUUAUAGUACGUUAACUAACUUGUAUAUCAAAAAGGAAUGUCUUGAAAAAGCUGCUUAUACUUUAAAGGAGGUGGAGAAAAGGGCUUCGAAGAAAAAUCGAGUUGCUUACUCCUCUCUUCUCAGUUUGCAUGCUAACAUGAAGGAUAAGGAUGGGCUACAUCGAAUCUGGAACAAGAUGAAGUCAAUCUUUAAUAAAAUGAAUGAUGCCGAGUAUAAUUCUAUGAUAUCUUCGCUUGUUAGACUUGGGGAGUUUGAAGGAGCAGAAAAUAUCUACAAUGAGUGGGAAUCAGUUUCUGGAACUCGAGAUUCUAGGAUUUCAAACAUAGUUCUUGCUAGCUAUAUCAAUAGAAAUCAGAUGGAAGAUGCUGAAAAAUUUUGCCAGCGCAUGGUGCAAAAGAGCAUCACUCCUUGUUAUACUACUUGGGAGCUUCUUACGUGUGGUCAUUUAAAGAAGAAGCAGAUGGAGAAGGUUUUAGAGUAUUUUAAGAAAGCCACAAGUAGUGUAAGAAAAUGGACUCCUGAUAAAAGGUUGAUUGGAGAUAUAUCCAAGAAUCUGGAGGAGCAAGGCAAUAUUGAAGGAGCAGAGCAACUAUUGGUUAUACUUCGGGAUGCUGGCCAUGUGAGUACUGUGAUAUAUAAUUCUCUUCUACGAACCUAUGCAAAAGCAGGCAAAAUGCCAGUUAUAAUCGAAGAGCGAAUGCAGAAAGAUAAUGUGGAGUUGGAUGAAGAAACACGCAAGCUCAUACAGACAACUAGCACCAUGUGUGUGAGUGAAGUUUCAAGCUUGCCUAUUUUGAAAUAA